ACCUGCUAUAUGAAAGGUGGUCCCCUCACUGUGACUGAUGCCAACUUGUGCCUAUCCAGACUUCUACCGGAGUACUUUCCAAAGAUAUUUGGCAAAGGCCAGGAUCAGCCACUGGAUGUGGCAGCUACCAAGGCAGCCUUUCUGAAGCUCACAGAAGAAGUAAACACAUUUUUGAGGAGUCAGUUGGACAGCCCCAAGCGUGAGCCAAUGACUGUGGAGGAGGUUGCUAUGGGAUUCAUCAAGGUUGCCAACGAGACCAUGUGCCGACCAAUACGCGCUCUUACACAGGCAAAGGGUCAUGACACCUCUCGUCAUAUUCUGGCCUGUUUCGGUGGCGCUGGGGGUCAGCAUGCUUGUGCCAUUGCCAGGAGCCUUGGGAUGACUGAGGUGUUUGUACACAGAUAUGCAGGUAUAUUAUCGGCAUAUGGAAUGGCAAUGGCCGACGUCGUCCAUGAAUGUCAAGAACCCAGUGCAACUGUAUAUGCCCAAGAGAAUUUCCAGUAUUUGGAUGACAGGAUAAAUACUCUGUCUGCUCAGUGUGAAGAAGAAUUGGUAAAGCAAGGAUUCACUAAGGACCAGAUUGAAACCACUGCAUUUCUGCAUAUGAGAUAUGAACGGACAGACUGUGCUCUCAUGUGUUCUACAGAGAGUUUCCCAGCAAAAACAGGCACCAGUCAACAUGGCAACUUCCUAUCUGCAUUCCAAGACAAGUACUUUACCGAGUUUGGCUUCACCCUGCCUGCCAGGCCAGUCAUAGUGGAUGACAUACGCAUACGGGGUGUGGGAAAGGCUGUCUGUAACACAGAACACUCCAUUCCAAGAGGAGACAGGGAUCCACAAGUAGAAAUAACAACAAGCUGCUACUUUGAUGAGGUGGCAGAUACAGCGGUCUACCUCUUGGACAAGCUGGGCGCCGGACAUACCAUCAGUGGCCCAGCCAUUAUCAUGAAUGGAAACAGUACCAUUCUUGUGGAGCCAACAUGUCAAGCUUCUAUCACAAAACAAGGGGAUGUGAAACUAAAGAUAGGCAAGGGGGUAGUAGAGAGAGUUGGCAAGGACUUAGACAUGAUUCAGCUCUCCAUUUUCUCACACAGGUUCAUGAGCAUUGCAGAACAGAUGGGCAGGGUAUUGCAGAGAACUGCCAUCUCUACCAAUAUCAAGGAGCGUUUAGACUUUUCCUGCGCAAUGUUUGGACCGGAUGGUGGCCUGGUUGCUAAUGCCCCUCAUAUACCAGUGCAUCUUGGUGCCAUGCAGGAGGCUGUACAAUAUCAGAUGAAGGUGCUGGGUUCAGAUCUGAGGGAGGGAGAUGUGAUCCUGUCCAACCAUCCCAAGGCAGGAGGGAGUCACUUGCCGGACCUCACAGUUAUCACUCCUGUGUUCUACCCGGGAGAGGCAAGACCUGUGUUCUAUGUGGCCAGUCGAGGCCAUCAUGCUGACAUAGGGGGCAUAACUCCGGGCUCGAUGCCUCCGCACUCGCGGUACUUGCAUGAGGAAGGGGCGGUGUUCAAGUCAUUCAAGCUGGUGGAGGCAGGAUUGUUCCAGGAAGAAGAUGUAACACGAGCAUUACACGAGCCUGCCAAGUACCCUGGCAGUAGUGGCACUAGGAAUCUCCAUGACAACCUCAGUGACCUCAAGGCCCAGGUGGCAGCCAAUCAGAAAGGCAUACGUCUCAUUAAGGGUCUCAUUGACGAGUAUGGACUGGACGUGGUACAGGCCUAUAUGGCACACAUUCAGGACAAUGCAGAGCUUGCUGUACGUGACAUGUUACGGGAGAUAGCCAGUAAGACGCUGGCCCAUAGUGGAACUACAUGUCUCUAUGCUGAAGACUUUAUGGACAAUGGGGCACGGAUUGCUCUCAAGGUGGAAAUUAAUAAAGAGGAGGGCACAGCAGUGUGUGAUUUCUCAGGUUCAUCAUAUGAAGUGUAUGGAAACCUGAAUGCACCAAGGGCAGUAACCCUCUCUGCACUUAUCUACUGCCUAAGAUGUAUGGUGGGACAUGAUGUCCCGUUAAACCAGGGAUGUCUCAAGCCAGUUACAGUGAUCAUCCCAGCAGGCAGUAUGCUUGACCCCUCCGAGAAUGCAGCUGUUGUCGGGGGUAACGUGCUCACCUCACAGAGGAUCGUGGAUGUCAUCUUGAAAGCGUUUGAUGUCUGUGCAGCGUCACAGGGUUGUAUGAACAACAUUACAUUUGGCGACUCCGAGUUUGGACACUAUGAAACUGUGGCUGGAGGAGCAGGCGCUGGUCCAAGCUGGGAUGGUAGAAGUGGUGUCCAUACCCACAUGACUAAUACCAGGAUAACAGAUCCAGAAAUACUGGAACGAAGGUACCCAGUGGUGCUGAGGAAGUUCCAUCUCCAGCCAGACACAGGGGGGCGGGGCCAACAUCGGGGCGGGGAUGGUGUGAUCAGAGAAUACCUGUGGAGGAAGUCUCUCACACUGUCUGUGCUCACCGAACGCAGGGUGUUCCCACCGUAUGGUCUACAUGGUGGUUGUCCGGGAAAUAAAGGCUUGAACCUCAUGAUCUACGAAGGCGGUAGAAUCGUCAAUGUGGGAGGAAAGACGUCUGUUGAUUGCCAUGCAGGGGAUGUUUUUCUGCUUCAAACACCCGGAGGUGGGGGAUAUGGAACCCCAGGAGAAGACGUUUUGGUUAGCAACCACACCGCUGGUCUCCAGGGUAACAAGUUUGAUCUUGACUCUGAGGAACCAGCCCAGAAGAGGUCAAAGAUUGAGGGAACCAGUCUGUCAAAAGUUGGAACUGGAAGUGUGUUUGAAUACCAGCGGAACCAAGAAUCCGUAUGAUUUAGUUUCCCAUGAUAAGUCAAAGGGGCGGGUCUGCACAUAUAGGUGGUUGUGAAGACGCAGCAGGACCUGUAAAUAAACUCUGCGAAACAUACACACACCAUUUGAUUUAGAACAAGUCAGAGUAGAUAUUGGUUCAAUGUUG